GUAGGCACUUAUCCUGACCUUAAACAAACUUUAGCCAGGUCAUUGAAUCACCUGCUCUCUUGAAUUUCCGAACUUGUUUGCCUUUUAGGCUUCGUACUAUAUUUCCAUUCUUCCCUUCCUUCUCAACCGGUUCUCUCGACUUAUACUCUCGCCAAAGUUUUCCCUCGCGAUCCAUCGGAGCCUCGUCGACCCUAACUGCUGCCCCCCUUUGCAUGCGCCACUACUUGCGAGGGUCGAUCGUGCGCAUCAUAGCCAUAUACCCCGAUACUCAACUUUGAUAUCCUCUGCUCUCCCUUCAAGACGAAAUGGCUUCCAACGGGGCCCAGGAGGCUUUUGCGCCGCCUGAUGUGCUGGCUGCUGUUAUGACUAUGAGGAGCGGGGAGCAAGAGGCCAAGAAGCACGCCCACGAGUACUUGGAGAGGUUUCAGAAAUCAAAGGAUUCAUGGGCAACUAUAAUGGGUAUUCUGCAGUCCGAUGCUGAGCCAGAGGCCACCCUCUUUGCGGCCAUUACCCUGCGCGGAAAGAUCACAUACGACCUCUCUACCCAAGUUCCUGCGAGCGAACUGCCUGCCCUUCGAAACCAAAUCCUCUUACUUCUAAAGCACUUCGCCCCGGGACCCAAGCCUAUCCGUGUCCAGCUCUGUGUGUGUCUGGCCAUUCUAGCGAUACAAAUGAAGGAUUGGAACGAUGUUCUGCCUUCUGUCGUUCAGUCGCUUAGUGACAGCCCCGAGAGCCACGCCUGCAUUCUGGAUUUCCUGAGGGUUCUCCCUGAAGAAGUCACCGAGGGUCGAAAGAUCACCUUGUCUGUACGUGGAUCGCGCAACCAUAGAUCGGAAAUUCGCUUCUUUCAAGAUUGUCAAAUCCGGUCGACCUCAACACCAGUUCAAGUCUAAUUGUUUGGAAUUAGGAAGAAGAUCUUGCGAUGCGAACGCAGGCUCUCUUGGCCGAUAAUGCGGACCAGGUCGUCCAACUCCUUAUUAACUAUUCUCAGUCAUCACCCGCAGCAGCUCAGAACCCCCAGUUGAUGGAGUGUAUCACUUCCUGGCUCCGAGAGGUCCCAGUAGGCAAUGUUGUCAAGUCGCCUCUAAUGGACAUUGUUUUCAACGGCACAACCAGCGAUGGUUGUAGCCAGGAGGCUUCGGAGUGUCUUUGCACCAUGCUUCGAGAGACUAGCGACGUGGACGAGAGUCAGGAGAUCAUCGAGCUACUAUUUCCACGAAUCAUCUCCUUGAAGCCCCAAGUGGCCAAGGCAGCCGAGGAGGAUGACACAGAGACACUCAAAUCUUUGACUAAGGUGUUUGCAACUGCUGCGGAAAGCUGGGUCGUUGGAAUCGCCCGCCAACCUACGCACUUCCGACCACUGGUUGACGCUGUGCUGGAAUGCGCCUUGAGAGACAAGGAGCGUGAUGUUAUUGAGCAUACCUUUAACUUUUGGUACGAGCUCAAGCUCUAUCUUGUGCUGGAGAUUUAUAUCCAAGGUCGGCUUGAGCUAGUUGAUGUCUACUCCAAGUUGGUGGACAUUCUCUUGAAGCACCUCGAAUACCCUAAGCCGGACUCGGGUAACGAAAAUGACCUGUUUGACGGAGAUCGCGAGCAAGAAGAGAAAUUCAGAGAGUUUCGGCACCAGAUGGGCGACACACUAAAGGAUUGCUGCGAGGUGAUGGGCGUUACGGACUGUCUCACCAAGGUUCUCCAAGCAAUCCAGCUUUGGAUGUCAAAGUACGCCAACCAAGUGAACGACAACUCGGUACCUCACUGGCAGGAGCUGGAGGCGCCUUUAUUUGCCAUGCGCGCUCUCGGUCGCAUGGUGGACAAGGAUGAGAGCAUUGUGCUUCGCCAGCUCAUGCCUCUCCUCGUACAGAUGCCGAGCCACGAGAAGCUCCGUUUCGCAACCAUCAUGGUACUCGGUCGCUAUACUGAAUGGACGGCUGCUCAUCCGGAAUAUCUCGAGCCCCAAUUCAACUACAUCGUCACAUCGUUCCAGUCGGAUUCUAGGGAGAUCAUCCGCGCCGCUGCCUUGGCUAUCAAGUUCUUCUGCACAGAUUGCAAACACCUCCUGAGUGGCCAAGUGCUGCAGCUUCAGACCUUCUAUGAUGAAGUGCUGGAUAAGCUCCCAGACUUGAGUAAGGAAGAGAUCACAGAAGGCGUUGCUAACGUUGUGGCUUGCCAGCCCACGGAGGAGAUUUACCGAUUGCUCAAGCUAUACUGCGACCCAUUGAUUCAGCGUUUGAUGGCCAAAGCCAAUAAUGCAGCGAACGAGGAGGGCAAAUUGGCGCUCGCUGAUCAUCUGCAGCUCAUCACCAUCUUUGUUCAAUACGUCUUGCCCCUUGUGAGCCCAGGUCAAGAGAACCCUGCUGUCAAGUACUGGCAGGAGGUUUUCCCCAUCCUUUCCACCGUACUGGACAACUUCUUGAACUUCACUCCCAUCUGUGAGCGCAUCUGCAGGUGCUGGCGCAAUAUGGUCACUGCCCACCGCACGGCCAUGACCCCUUUGCUCCCGGAAAUGGCAAACAAGCUUGCUGGCGGCUUCAACAACUCGAGGGAAGGAUGUUUCUUGUGGGCCAGUUCAGCAAUUCUGCGCGAGUUCUCUGAAGCACGAGAGCACGUUGACCAAGCCACUACUGAGAACAUUUACACAUUUUUUGAAGCCCAGACAACCACCUUCCUCCGAGUUAUGACAGAUCUACAACCUAAGGAACUCCCUGACGUUAUUGAUGACUUCUUCCGCCUUGUGAUCGACGCCCUGCUCUACUACCCCCAGAGGCUCAUUCCAUCUCAUCUUCUAAGGUCUAUCUUUGGGGCAUCCAUCUACGCUCUAACUCUAGAGCAGCGCGACCCUCUGUCCUCAACGCUGCAUUUCCUCCGCGAUCUCUUGUCAUAUGGUGGUGAUAAUCCUGCCAGUAGCGAUAGGUUACCGGAGGCAACGGCUACUGAGGUCAAGGCCAUUGUCAAGAAUCUGCUGCUUACUCUUGGCGAGGAUCUAGUCAAGCAGGUCAUGGCGGGCAUGAUGAUCACUUUCCCCCGCGACUGUUUCGCUGAUGGCAGUGGUGUUCUGCUGGCUUCGUUUGAGCUGGUUCCUCUCCAGACUCACCAAUGGGUCUCGCAUACAAUACAGCUACUACCAGAGGGCACUGUUUCCCCUGCCGAGGCCAACAGAUUCCUGAUCAAGAUCAAGGAGAGGCUUGAGUCGGGAGACCCAAGCGCCAUGAACAAUGUGCGCGCGAUUCUGCAAGAUUUCACCAAUACUUACAGACGACGAAAUGUGGCACCCCGCGACGGACUCGGCCAGCUCGAGGCCACGCGCUUCCAGUUUUCCGGUUAG